ACAUAUUGUUGGUAUUUUUGUGAGUAUCUUCGUGAUAAUCAGCUUUAUCACUACUUACUUUGGAAACGACAACUCAAUAAUAGCAAGCAAUACAUAGAGUUGAUCUAUCACUGAUAGUAUCAGGUAGCAAAACUCACACCUUGAUACGAAUGAUUAAUUUAUAUAACCUAACAAAUAAUGAAAAAUGUUAUUCAUUUUCUAUAAGUUAUAAGUGACAAGUAGAGAGCGGACACUCUGGCGAAAACCGGGGCUGCCCAGCCUCAGCCAGAAGUACCAAUGACUUUCUUGGGAAUUAAAAACUUGCUGGCGGACCACUUCAGGCAGAAGUGGUACAGGCAAUGGGCUGACAACACGACCGCCAGAGGCGUCUAUUCAAACUUGCCCACUCCUAGCAAACAAGACCCAUGGUGGGGGUUAGGACGCAGAACGCAGAGUUUAGUGACGCAGAUGCGCACCGAGCACUGCCCCUUGUCUAGAGCACCUGUUGACCGAAUGUCCCUCACUAGAUCUCCCGGGGGAAGCCAGGGCGGUUGGAGGACCCUUUGUGAGGAAAAUGUUGUAUGGCUCAGCUCAACAGAUGGAGUUGAUAGCCAAUUUACUAGCCGGGGUCAUAAGAGAGUAAUCUCAGACCCUCACCAGAAUAUGUGUGUUAGUUAGUAGAUUGUCCGUCAUAUUCACAAUCACAUCAUCAGCAAUUCACUCUCUCAGACUCGGUCAUUGCACGCGAUUGAGUUGACAAGUGGUCUGACUGUGAGUGAAUUUUAUUUAUUAAGGACUCAGCCCACAGCAACUAGCCUUCCCCUCAUUUUUCAAAUCAGCUUCAUUUCAGACAAAUUUUUACCAUUGAGUUUGGCUUUUUUAUCCUAUCCUUGCCUUAACAAGUUAACUUAAUUUAAUCCAUUGCUGAAGCUGAAAAUUGAAUAAAAAGAUUAAAAUUAUUUUCAAAAUAUUCAAUAUAAUGAAAACCCAACUUAGUGUCAUUGAGUACACAUUUGUAAACACUUUAUUACAGGCUCCACCGUAUAUGUCAUCCAAAAGAUAUCAAUAAAGUAAAAGUCCACUUACCAAAUGAACGGUCUCAGUCCAGCAAAAACGAGAACCUCUUUUUCAAAUACCAGUAUUAAUUAACCUCACUUUUAAAUACUAAUUAAAAAUUCAUCAUUUAAAAAAUUCCAUCUGUGUAUUUAUAUAAAAAAUAAAAAGAAUAGUUAACUCUAGUAACACUCCAUGACUUAAUUAAGGGGAGUUCACUCAUCCCCAGAAACUUAAGAUGGAACUGUAAAGCGUAAAUUGAUGUAUUAGAACAUACCAAGACUCUGACAAGGAAGGAACUGAAAGUUGAACAUUUUAAGGCCUAAAAUUCAAUUGAAUUGACUCUAUUGACUAGUCUAUAUAGGCAUAGAUGUCUCUACUGACUGUAUUAUUGUUAAUAUUUUCUGGACAUAUAGGGCUACCUACGCAUUUAGUUUGCUUUUAAUACUUUUACAACAGCUGAUCAAAGCAUCAUUUUAAUUUAUGACAGUGUUUAGCUGAUAUUGUUGGCUCUUCUGGAGUGACCUGAUUUUCUUAUAUAAAAAAGCACACAAUCAGAGGUCCCCAAAUAUGGCAUGUAAGAGUUCUCCCUUCAAAUGUUUGAUUUCAAAUUUAUUCCUCUCUUAUAUUAAUAACCAUGCCAUAGUUUUACACAUUUUACACACUUCAUUUAAAAAAAAAAAUUAUGUACCGGGUUGUUACAAUAUUCCUAACAAAUUUUGAACUUUUAAUCAAGAACUAUCAAAGUGGAGGUGCUGGGCACACACCAUGUGGUCGCUCAAAAGGAAAAUUGAAAGGGAAAUAAAGGUUGGCUAUAUUUACCUUUAUUUCUAAUAGCAUUGUAUAUUAAUUAACCAUUUAAGCAUAAUUUUGUGUGUACAAAAAUGAUGAGAAAAUUAUUCAAUUAAUUUUUUCAACUGUCGCAGUAAAUUUAGAUUUCUAUUGACAAUAGUUUAAUUGCUUUUCUGGUGGCUAGGUAGCUUUGAAUUAUUAUAACACAAGAUUUAAUGUUAUCUAAACAUCUUUUUAUUGCUUUUGGCAGGAUGAUGUUCAAAUUAAAUUUCAGCGCUAUGAACAAGUCACUGCGGAGCUAGUCAACCGAUUAGGGCUUGAGAAGGAACUUGAGGUAAACCUUUCUUAUUAAUAUGGUAGAAAUGAUUUGGCAUGAAGGAGCUGAUUGAUCAAUUUUAAAUAGUCUAUAUAGAGACAAAAUGAAGCUCAAAGCUGUAGCACAAUAGGAUUUUCAGAAUUUCUCUGAAACUUAAAUGUCAUCGUAUUUUAUCUCACACCAAUAUGAUUUACUUGCUUUCAACAGGGUCAUGGAGGUUGUGUAAACUGUUUGGAAUGGAAUGAAAGUGGCAGGUUUGUAAGAAUCCCUCACAUUUUUGUGCAAAGUUCAAUCUCAUUUCUGUGAUGAUUUUUAGUGAUUUAGGUACAUAACAGGGAUGGGCAAUUAGUGUUUCUUGAUAUCUUCUGAAAUUAAAAUACUUAAUAAUUAAACAUGACUCUUAAAAAUUUAGGCAGUACUUAGGUAUUAUUUUUUUUUUUUUUAAAUAAAAUUAUUUUACAGCAUAUUGGCAAGCGGGUCAGAUGAUCUUCAUGUUAUUCUUUGGGAUCCAUUCAAACACAAGACCAUUUCUAAAGUGAGAACAGGACAUCAGGGCAAUAUAUUUUCAGUCAAGGUAACAUUGUUUUACUACCGUUUAUAAUUAAUGUAAUUUAAAAAUCUUCUCACUCAAAAAAAAAGUUACAGUUAAAAAAAUUGUGAGGUUUGGAACAUUGCUUUUUCAUUUCUCAGUUUUUGCCUCACUCAAAUGACUCUUUGAUGGUGACUGGCGCUGCUGAUCAUCGCAUUAAUGUUCACGAUUUGAACAGAAAAGAGACCACUCAUGUUUUUACAUAUCACCUUGGGAGAGUAAAGCGAAUUGCCACAGCCCCUAACAUACCAUACAUCUUCUGGAGUGCUGCUGAAGAUGGCACCAUUAUGUAAGUUCUUGUAGGAAAUAGUUUCACAUAAUGAAUGUCAAAUACCCACCUGUCAUGAAGGAAAAUGCAUCAGACAAUUUUCAAUGACAGGAAAAAUUUAAAGUAUAAUGAUAAUAAACAUUUUGCACAUACAUGUUUUUGGAGCCUGGAAAUAAUUUAAUUAAAAUACCUUAAUUUUUAUUUAUUUUUAUUUAUGACUGUUCAUUCAAGAACAUAACAUUUUAAACCAGUCAUUGCCUGUAUAUACUAUUCAAAAGAAUAGUAUAAUCUCAUCCAUAUAUUGUAGGGAAAUUACUGUUAGUUACAUUUUUAGAACAUUCCCUUGAAUUGGGUAUUUAUUUAUAAAGCUUGUAUUACCAUAACAUUGUAGCAAAAUUAAAGAAGGCUCUGGAAAUGCAAAUCUCACAACAUUUAUAACAUUAGCAUUCAUAUGACAUGCCCUUACCAUAAGAAUAACAUGUGUUCUUUUAAUUUAAUUUCAUCAUUUAUGCCUUUUAACCUGACUGGGGCAUAGGACGUCUACAAGAAUUGUACAUUCAUUUUGUCAUGUGCUUUCCGUUCCAUUUUAUUCCAGAUGGAUCCCAUACUUUGUAUGUCUGCCUCUAGCUUGGUUUCCAUGUAUUCUUAGGCCUUCCUCUCUUUCUUUUUCCCUGUGGAUUCCAUGUUAGGGAUUGUCUGAUGAUGCUAUCUUGGGGUUUGCGAAGAGUGUGCCCUUUCCAUCUCAAUCUUUUCCAUUUUUUCCUUUUGAUGUCUUCAGCAAUAGGCUCCUGGUAUGUCCUUUCCAAUAAGUCAUUUCCGACACCACUUGCACUGAUUUUCUUGUUUCAUUCAUGGUUCUAACAUUCCAUGAGCCUAUGCUUAUUGCCUUUUAAAGGAGACUCCUCGGCUUUGAGGCUUCCAGUAUAACCCGGCUUAGGCCAGAAGGCUUCAUAACCCUUCUUGGUGAAGCGGACCCCUCUAUUCUCAGGGCUGAAAUUGUUUUUUUUCCCUCUUGCCAAAGUUUCUGUAGAACUUUGUUUUUUACGGGUGAGGUAGCUGGCCUCAUGUCAGCCCUCCUCCAUUUGCACCCAGGCUUGGAAACGGCCAUUUCAGAGUUUAACUUUGUUCGUUAAAAUACUCCCCUCAGGUUUUUUAUAUUUAAAAAAAACUUUUACCCAAUUGCUAUUUUGGUCAUAAGUGCUAAAUAUUUUGGAUGUAAAAGCCAUUAGACUGUCUUCUUUAUAAUUUUAAAAAUAGUUCCUGAAUUAAUUUUUCUCAACAAUAUUGCAGGCAGUUUGACCUCCGCUGUACCAGCACAACAACAUCAGCCCCGAAUAACAUCCUGAUAAAUCUUAAUGCACACAUGGGUCAGUACGCUGAGGCUAAGUGUCUGGCCAUCAACCCCAUCAGACCUGAAAUGUUGGCUGUAGGAGCCAAUGAUCCUUAUGUCAGAGUGUAUGACAGGCGGAUGCUAAGUUGCAGCAGUAUGCAAAUACCUGGAGAUAAUGUUAACAGGUAAUUUAAAAGGAAUUGUGAAUGCACUCUUAUUUUUAAAGAAAAAAGAUAAAAGCCUAGAGAUAUGUAAAGCAAAUUUGUAUAAUUUUAAAAAUUUUUUUAGAUAAGAUUUGGCCUGAAUCCUAUUUAUUUAACAACCUAAAUCACAAAACAUAAAUGUUUUAUACAACAUAUCAUGUCAAAGUAUGACAAAAUUACUGCCAAAUUAUAAUAUUGAGACCUGUGCCCUAUGCCAUGCCCACUGCCAAAAUUAAAAGUUUAUCAUGUCCCUGAGAAUUGUGAAAAGUUUAUGUUUCCCCAUCUAUCGCAGGUCAACUGUUUUAGCAUUUUGUUUGGAGGGAGCGUAGGAACCAAUUAUUUUACCCCAUGUGAAUGAAUUUGACUUUUGUCUUUUAUAUUCAAUGAUCGAAAAUUGUAUCCCUUUGUUUCCUCUUUCCCAAGAAUAGCUGCCUUGCUAUGAGUUUGUUAGAAGUAUAUCCUAUCAUAACCAAAGGUGCAUGCAAAAACUGCUUCUUUUGCUAAAAGUUGGGGGUGAACAUGGACUUGAUUAAUAACAAAACCUUCUGAUCUGGAAUCUGAUGUGUUACAUUGAGCUAUAGGGCUGCUGUUUAAUUUCUAAAUUAUUUUUUUAUUAUUAAUGAGUGAUCUGAUCUAGUGGCUCACAUGCUCACAUCUGUUUAUCUAAAUUUGUUUGACAGAUAUCCUUGGGAUCACCCUCACCUGGAAGAUAUUGAAGGAGAGGUCUAUUCAUUGCCCCCUGGAUGUGCUCAAUAUUAUAUAGCAGGCAAUUCUCAAUAAUAACUCAGUAACUCAGAGAUUAGUCUUGCUACCUUUAAAACUAGCUUAGAGUUUAUUUGAAAUAUUGUUUAUCAAACAAGGAAACAAUCUAUGUGGUAACUAAAAGUAGGUAUAUGUUUUAGGUAGGGGAUUAUUUUCAUCCUAAAAUUAUCUUGUCCAUAUUUGUACCAUUCAAGGACACUUGCCACAGAAGCAACAAGACUACAAGAAACGAUACCGCACUUUGGCCUCUACCUACCUCACAUUUGGUCCAGACGGCUCAGAACUUUUGGUAAACCUUGGUGGAGAGCAGAUUUAUUUAUUUGAUGUCAACAAGAAGCUGCGGCCCAGGCGAUUUGAUCUUUCGGUUUUGGGCACUAAUGGCAUUGUUAAAGGUAAAUUAUAAAAUUAUGUUACGCACUGCUAUCAGUAGGGAGAAAUUAAUCUCCUAUUUACAUGUAUGGCUCGUUCCAAAGCAGUGCAUAACAAAAGACAAUGCCAAAAAAUAAAAACAAUAACAGAAAUUUGAUACACGGAAAGGGCUAAUUACAAUUAAUAUGUUUUAUUAACUUAAUAAUAAAGUACAAAAGUCAAAAAGAAAUAUAAAUAAAAACUAUUAACUUACAGUACAUUGUGUGGCUGCUACCAGUACAAUGUCGAAUAAUACACAAUGUGCAAAAAUGUACAAAUAAUGAAGUCUACUGUAAACAAACUCCCACACGUUCCAAAAUAACCCUCUCUCGCCGUCUGCGCAUCUGCUCUGCAGUCUGCUGUGUCAUUCAACCACUCGCCUUAUAUAUAGACUAUAGUCAGUUUCAUCGAUUGUUCGAGAUCACAUUUGAGUCUAGGAACAGACAAUAGAUUGGUUUGUGGUAAACGAGAUCAAAGGGAGUAAGCCAGGCCAAAUAAUACAUUGGGGUCAGCUUAAGGUCGUUCCCCAGGAAAAGAUUUUUUAAAAAAAUGCCUAUAUAAAACAAUUACCUUUGUUAUAAUAAACUGGCUGACAGUAAAUUUUGUUUUUCUAGCAAUGUUUUCUUUUUUUGUGUGUUGAGAUCCAUCUUUUUGUGUGACAGAAAAUCUAGCACCUCCAACCAAUGGGUUCAGCCUUCAUGCUAAUGGUACUAAUGGAGUUGUCAAGACUUCAUCAUCUGCCACUAGAUCAUCUUAUUCAUCAGCAUCAUCAUCUACUGCUGUGGACAAAGCUAGUGACCGAUCAGUUGACCUCCCAAAUAAGAGGUAAGUCUAAUAACCCUUAAAAAAAUAUUUAAAAAAACAAACAAAUUGUGCGAGUAAAAGAGUAUAGUUAUGCUUUUAAUGGAGAACAAAAUACAAAUUUAGAUGUUUCAUCUACUUCCUUCCGGUCAACCCUUCAGCAAAAUUUGCAUCAAUUUAAAUAAAUUUACAUAAAGUGCAUCAUAAAUGAAAAAUAAAAAAAGACAUGUUCUCCAAUCUCAAAUAUUUGAUACUACUCUCUUAUUUAAAAUAUUUCUUAAUUUAAAAAAUGCUUUCCAUACUUUAUGAGAAAUAUUUUUUUUUUAAAUUAGCAAGGUCAAAGAUAUUAUUUGAAUUAAUAAAAAAACAAUUGAUUAUUAGUAAAACUGAGAAAAAUUUUAACUGUUGACAUGUUAACAUUUGAAAAUAUGUUAACAAUUGUUUAAUUGUACAUCCAUUUCAGACACAAAGGUGAGCCAAAGCAGUUGACUCCACUUGUUGAAAGUCUGAAGAAACAUGCCAACACAUUGUUUGAACAAGAGGAAUACAAACGCUCUAUUGAUGUAUACAAUCAGGCCAUUGCUAGGUGCAAUACUUCUGCUGUUUUGUAUGGAAACAGGGCUGCGGCAUAUUUGAAAAGAAAAUGGUAAAUGCUCUUGUUUAUUUAUAUUGUAAUGAACAACAAAUAAAUUCAUAAUUUAGAUAUUUAUGCUUUCAAACAUAAAAAAAGCAUGCAGAAAAGCUUCUACCAGAAAACUUAUUAAAAUCUCUUACUUCUGGUACACUUGAUGUUCCUGAGUUGUUACAAUUUUAAGGAUUUCAUUAAAUUUCUGGGACAGAACUAUAAUUUUAGUCUUCAAGACUGCAGUGCUUUAAACAGCUGAAACAGAUGUGUUUGGAUGAAAUCAUUGUUUGUAGCAAACAAGCAGUAAAUCAGUUGCAAAACAGAAGUAUCAAAACAAAUAAGCAAUAAAUGAACUCAUUUUGGCAAAUGAACCAUUCUUUAUUGGAUAACUUUCAUUAUGGUUACACAUAAGAAAAACCUGCAUUUAAGUAUUAAAUAAAUAUGUAUAUGUACUAUAUGUAUCCUAUCUAAAUAUAAAAUAAAAAAUAUUGUUUUGACACAAAUUGUUUGUGUCUCAUUAAUCUACUUGACACCUUUAUGGCAGUCCAACACUCAACAUAAUUUUGCUGUUUAUUACGUCUGUGUUAUUUCCUUGAAAUCUUUAAAGCUUAACCAGAGAAUUAGUGAAACCAUGACUAGUGAAAACCCAAACCUGGGAUUUUCAGAUUUCACAAAACUGAAUUUUUUACAUAGGUUACUUUACUAAGCUUUGGUCCCACACAUUUUAUGCUGCAAUUUUAACCAUCAGCAAUGGAACUGUGAGAUAUAAGUGCUGGUAUUUUAGAACUCAAAGACACAUAGUAAGUUUCUAGAUUACCCAUAGAAACACCUUUUUCCUAUUCUCAGGGAUGGAGAUCUUUAUGCAGCUCUCCGUGAUUGUUACCUAGCUCUGACACUAGACCCCCAUCACAUGAAAGCUCACUUCCGAUUAGCCCGCUGUCUCUUUGAGCUAGCAUGGAGUCAAGAGGCCUUUGAUUGUCUCAACCAUUUUAAGCACCGCUUUCCUGAUUAUGCUAAAAGUCAUGCCUGUGAAACUUUAGAUAGGGACAUUAAGGCAGCCAUUUUCUCACAGACCGAAGGUAAGCUUAGUCUUGCACUUAACCCACAGGCUCCUUACCUAGUUCAGUUUUUUUAUUUUUUUUAUUAGCUCCUGUCAAACCUCUUUGAAAUUGAAACCUCUUUAAAAGUGUAAGCUAUAACUAUAAGGUUAUGAAAAAAAAAAUAAGGUCAAUGAUAAACUAUUUCUUCUUUGACUUAAUUUAAUAAUCAUCUUAGGCCUCUCAUUAUUUUUUGAAUGAACUUGACCUUUGCUGACCCUGACAACUUAAAUCCCUAAGCUCCAGGCUCUAAGGAUCAUGCAGAUCACAGACCUGAGGAUGGCAUGAGACACCCUAGUCCUAGACAUGAGUCAGAGCAAGAGAAGGAACUCCAGAGAAAUGCGUGUGACUACUCUCUUAGGUUUUGUGGCCACUGCAAUACAACCACUGACAUUAAGGAGGCGAAUUUUUUUGGCAGGUAAGAGGUUUUGUCUGGUGGGCCAAUAAUGGUUGCUACAUGUACUUUGUGACAAAGACUUGGUAAAUUCUAAACUAUUUAUUUAACCAAAGGGCUGGCAAUUUUUGUGUGCGGAUGGCAAUAUUGUCAAAUGCAAAGCUAUGGGGGGGGGGGGGGGUGGCGUGUAUAUUAUGUCUAAUUUUUACAUGUUGAUAAGCAUUUCUCUAUAUCAAAAUCGGUAAAUUGAUAUUUUAGCAUUACAUGACAAAAGUCAAGGACUGUUUAGAAAAAUUGAAAAUUAGAAAGAAAGUUGAAAAAUUAAAACAAUCAUAACAGUUUAUGAAAUUCUGUAAAAUUCAACAAAAUGACUUAAAAACAAAGUAAUUUUUUAAAGUUCUAAAUGCCUUUGAGGGCCGCAUUAUAUCAGUUGCCAGGCCACUUGCGGCCUGCAGGCUGUAGUUUGCCCACCCCUGGUUUAACUUAUAAAUUUUCAUCUAACAAUAUAAAUGACUGUGGAAGAGUAAAAAAAAAAAAUGAUUCAUCAGCCUAAAGCGUAAUAUCUUUAAUUCUCCAGCAACGGUCAGUACAUAGUGGCAGGAUCUGAUGAUGGGUCUUUUUUCAUAUGGGAUAAAAAUACCACCAAUAUCAUGCGUGUGAUGAGAGGGGAUGAGUCCAUUGUUAAUUGCUUGCAGCCACACCCCAGCACAUGUCUGUUGGCCACAAGUGGUAUAGAUCCUGUGGUCAGAUUAUGGAGUCCUAGACCAGAGGUAACCAAAUUUUAAAACAAAUUAUGGAUGUAAAUGGUAAUGAUCAGCAUUCCCCAAAUGGGGGGUCCGCGCAAAAUGAAUAUUUAUGGUAAAAUAGAAGGCAGAUAUAAUGAAUAAAUCUGCCAACAAUUUCCAAAUUUGUCAGCUGGACUGCCAAACUUAAAAGUUUGGGAAAUGCUGUUUUAGAUAACAUAGUUUUCUAUCUACUUGUAAUUAUUUGUAAAAAUAAAAUAGAGUGGAAUUUCUUUUUUUUUUCUUUUUUGUGAUCAUUAUUAAAACAUAACAGUUUCAUUAAUUGCUAUACAUUCUUCUAUUUAAACAAAAAAUGGCGUCAAUAAUGUUUUUGUUUUUUUUACAUUCAGGGAUUGUGCCUGGCAAAAAUUUUAAAAAUGAAAAUUUACAUUAUAAAAGAAUAAUGUAUAAUUUAAAAAAAUUAACAUUUACAGUAUUAAAAAAAAUGUAUAAUCAUUUUUGUUACACUUUUUGUAGGAUCUUAUUCAAUAAAAUUUACUCUAUAAACUAUUUUUUAAGGAUGGUACUCAAAAUGAGAGAGAAGUAAACAACAGUGAUGAUGCAGCUUUAGCUAAUCAGAAACGAAUGAAUGCUGAUCCAUUGGAGGUCAUGCUGAUGAAUAUGGGAUAUCGGAUUACUGGAUUCCUUGAUGUGGAUGAAGAUGAGGGAAAUCAAUCAGGUGGGCCUGCAAAUUGUAGGACAACUUAAAAUGGCAGAUCCUAUUUGCAUUGCUUCUUGUAAAUCUGUAUGAAUGUGAGUCAUGUAAAGGUAGUAAGGAGCUGUGAAAAGCUUAACAAAUAUUUGGAUGGCUCAAGUGCGUGGGAGAUUGGCAAUAACAUGAUGUGAAUCAUUGAAUACACUCAGGCUCAUAACUAAAGGACAAUGUUUUUUGUUUUUUUUAGGAGCUUGAUUUAAAAAUGUAAAAUUGUUACAAAACCGCUUCAAGAUUUAAUCUCAUCAGUUAAAAAUCAUCAUUUUUUUCCCCCCUCCUCAGAAGAGUUAAUUUUGUGUCAGAAAUCAUUGGAACUUCAUGCCGAGAAGUGCUAUUAGUUUCUAUUUGUCUGUAUAUAAUAGUAUACAUGGUAACAAUGCCCAUCAAGGAAGCAAUUAAAUUGAUUUAAAAUUUUAAAUGAAAACAGCUUUAGCAAAACAUAAUUAAAUAAUUUUAAAUAAGAUAAAUUUAUUAACAUUUGAUUUGGGACUUGAGUAGUAUUGUAUUGACAGAGAAUACUGUUUUUGUUUUCAUACUAACAGUAAAAUCAAUACUGGAAAAGUAAAAAAUUUAAUUUAUAUUUUUUUUCCACAUACAAUGUUUGAAAAGAAAAUUACUGACAGUUCCUUAUUUAGAGUGAAAUUGGUUGCCUUCAAGUUUUGUGUUUGAAAGAUUAUUUGAUAUGGACUUCCAUCAGAUGAAAUAUAACAUUAGAUCAGGUUUCCAAUCAUAAGUAGCAACAGCACAACUUCUUCCAUCUUUUACUACCAUUAAAAUUGAUCAAUUUUUUUUUAUCACCUUGUAAUUAUUCUGUAAAUAUAUGAUUCAUUACUCUUUUAACCUUCAUUCUGGUAAUUAUUGCGUAUGAACUUCUCAAUUUUCUGUAUGUUGGAGCUGCAAGUCUUGUAGUGAGUUUAAAGUUAGAAAGCCGAAAGCUGCUUUGAAGGAAGCUUGACCAGACUUAAGGCAGCCUGUUACCAAUGUUGAUUUUUUUUUUUUAUCAUUAUAAAUAUAUGGAAGGAUGAACAGUUUAUUAAUGCAAAUUUCUCAUUAACUUUGCUGUUAAAAGUUAACAUCAAUAGUGGUUUUGUUUCUCCUCUUAUACUUAUUGUUUUAAAAGAAUAUCUCAAUUGUAACUCUAAACAUCUUGUUGCCUUUAACUUAUGAAAUUUGACUUGUUGCUAUUUAUAUUACAGAUUAAUUAAUUUUGUAAAUUUAUAAUUUAAAGAAAUGUUAUGUAAUGAAAAGUAUUAUUGAAUCUAUAUAUUUAAAAUAAGAUUACACCACAGAAAUGACAAGGUCUUUUGCUGAUUUAGUCAGUAUCAGAAUAUGAAGCAAUUUAAAACUUAUUUAAUAUGAAAAUAGAUUUUUUAAAAUAUUUAC